AUAUAAUAUAUAACAAUAUUGACUAUUUUAUCUAUUUUCAAUUUAAUAGAAGUAAAUUACGUAUUUAGUACGUUACAUCGAAGAAAAUCGCGGUUGUAAAUGAUCAUGGUCAAGUAUUGUUUUGACACGAUCUUUACAACACCCACCCACAUAUUUGAAGUUUUAGGUAUCUUCCAAGCGUCACUGAAACAUGAUGAAAUCUUUUGCCGGCCGGUACGGAACUGAAGUACAGAAAGAUAAUUCAAGUUGUUCUCGUUCUGGGUGGUUCAGCUGAUUCGGAUGUUUUUUUUUUUUUUAACACAUUGAUAAGUUUAGUCGUAUAUCUAUGCCAGCUUGAAAUUUUGUUUUCCCUUCUACGGAGAUCGAGCUACCACACAAGCCGGUCGUUAUUGUCCACUACGGCUAAUUGGAACCGCACCGGAGCGCGUUAUGUAUCCAUCGGCGUCUAGACUUUGUUCGACCCUUCUUCAAAGAGACUUAACGGCAUUGUGUGUCUCAACUUUUGGGACACCGGUUAAAAAUGCCGGAACUCUGAGAAGACUGUCCUCGCCGGCAUCAGUGUGCUUCCAUUCCACCUUCCUUGACAAUCUGAACGGCAAGCCGGAACCAUCGAUAGCAGCAUCAGAAAGUUUAGCACGGUUCAGUCCAGUGUGUUCCAUGGGCGGCAGCAGCAGCAGCAGCAGCAGCAGCAGGCUGUACAGUGCCCUGGCCCAGUCGCUGAGCAGCGCUCCUGAUACACAGCCUGAGCCGUGCCCGGAGCAGGACCCCCGCGCUGAGCCCGCUGACCCCGACAGGCUGCUGAAGGAGUGCGGGGAGGCGCUGCGGAACCGCCCGGCCCGGCUGCACCGCCACUUCGUCUUCACCAGCGACAGCACCGCGUUGAACCGGCCCAUCCGGGUCAUGCAGUGGAACAUCCUCGCCCAAGCCCUGGGCGAGGGCAAGGACAGCUUCGUGCAGUGCCCGCUGGACGCCCUGAACUGGGCAGAGCGCAAGUACCUCAUCCUGGAGGAGAUCCUCACCUACCAGCCAGACGUGCUGUGCCUGCAGGAGGUGGACCACUACUUCGACACCUUCCAGCCCGUCCUGGGCAGCCUGGGCUACCACAGCACCUUCUGCCCCAAGCCCUGGUCGCCCUGCCUGGACGUGGAGAGCAACAACGGGCCCGACGGCUGCGCCCUCUUCUUCCGGCGGGACCGCUUCGAGCUGCUGGAGACUGCCAACCUGCGGCUGGUGGCCGCCAUGCUGAAGACCAACCAGGUGGCCAUCGUGCAGACGCUGCGGUGCCGCGGGACGGGGCAGGCCUUCUGCGUGGCCGUGACCCACCUGAAGGCCCGCAGCGGCUGGGAGCGCCUUCGUAGCGCCCAGGGCUCAGACCUCCUGCAGCGCCUUCGCACGGCCACCGGGGGCGCCGGCGGGGUGCCGCUGAUCGUCUGCGGCGACUUCAACGCCGAGCCCAGCGAGGACGUGUACCGCCGCUUCGCCUCCUCCAGCCUGGGCCUGGACAGCGCCUACAAGCAGCUGAGCGCCGACGGGCAGACGGAGCCGGCCUACACCACCUGGAAGAUCCGGCCGUCCGGCGAGAGCUGCCACACGCUGGACUACAUUUGGUACUCACGCCGCGCCUUCAGCGUGGACUCGGUGCUGGACCUGCCCACCGAGGAGCAGAUCGGGCCGGGACGCCUGCCCUCCUACAGCUACCCCUCGGACCACCUCUCCCUGGUGUGCGACUUCAGCUUCCGGGACCAACCCAACCAGCCACUAUAGGACCCCUCACAAAGACAGCACUACGCUUUACCUAUAGAACUAAGAGUGUAACAAGUUUAUUUUUUAAUAAAUCUUAAAUACAUCUGUAUAUCUGGCAUAUAUUCAAAAAUACAUCAGUUGCAGCUUUCAUACAUUUAACUUCAUGCAUGCUUGUGUGCUUAUAUGUGUACGUAUAUGUGUACAUGUACAUAUAUAUACAUACACACAGCACAAUGUUUUCCAAUGUAUGCAUGAAAUUACAUCUAUGAAGGUGUCAGUAACUGAUAUUUUUAUAGAUUAUAUGCAUUUUUGCAUACAUUCUUUACUUAUUUAGAUUUUGUAGACGUUUUAUCUUGCAUACUCAUGUAACUUUCUUAAGCAUUGUACAACUCGCAGGACGCAGGACGGCCCUGUGUUAACGUACAUUUAUACGCACAAUUUUAUUCCUUUUAAUGCUUUGGUUUUUACUGCUUUUCUGAUCAAAACUGGAUUGUUACAAGGAGAGUUGUCAGGCGCUGUAAGACUUCCAUUGAUUAAAAUAUUUUAGCAAAAAAAGGAGGCGGCUCACAGGCCUCCCCAUUAUGCACUGAGGCAGAACAUGAUGAACGAGAGUGGGUAAACAUCAGUCAGUGAGCUGUAGGUGAAUGCGCUUUUGUGGGAAUCUCAAGGAGUGCUUGCAUAUGAAAAUGGUUGAUGAAAAAUGCUCUGUGAAUCAACAAAUUCAACUAAAUCAUCAUCCUCCUUAAUCGUAACCUACCCAUGCCAGCUUCUGUGUGGAGCAGCGGCAUUUAUAGGGUUCUGAGGUCAGUGGCUCUGUACAGCCCCCCCAGUAACUCCCUCAGUAAGAGUUACAAAAGUACACCAAAAAUGCACAUACAAGUAACGGAACAUCAAUUCUGAUUAUCGGCUUCAUAAUGUAUUUAGUCUUCCGCUGACCUUAUUGUCCUGAGAACAUAGUUUGGACCCUAUAUUCAUAAGCACUUGAAUGCAAACACUGGAACAUCAUUAAUGUAGUUUUCAGCAGCCAAUGUUAAAAUGUACAAAGCUCUG